AUGGCGGGGGGCGGCGGGCGGCCCCGCUGCCCCCCGGGCGCUCUCCUGGGCCUGGUGGCCGUGGUGGUGGCGGCGGGAUGGGUGAGAGCAGAACCGAAGGAAGAGCAAUCUAUUGAUUUAAUUGGAAAGAAUGAAGUUUAUGGUGACACCAGGCAUGAAGUGAAUGUGUACGUUAAGGUGUUCACAAACAGCCCGUUCCUGGUCUGUAUGGAUUUGGCUCUUUCUCAAGAAAGAGUAAUAGAUCCCAACUAUUUGUGGAUUGGUCCAGAUGGAAGAGAUUUACAAGGGCAAGGAUAUGUGAAUCUGACAGAGUCAGGGAAGCUGAUGGUGAUGGGUUUCAUGGUGUCGAUGUCUGGUGCCUACACUUGUACUCUCUCCCACAAAGUCAUCGAAACUACGACACAGGAAGAAACAGAAAUUGUUGAAGCUUAUAAAUUCAUGGUUUAUGCCUACAGGGAAGCUGACCAUGCCUAUCAGGUGUCUGUUCGCUUUAGCACAGUGCACUGCAGGCUGAAAAUCAACGACUUGUUUGUCGACAAAUUAGCCAAAAUCCUCAGCAGCACCAUCUCCUACCUGAACUGCCACAUCACAGAUUCGUCCUACAAGUGCCACUCUAUCAGGACACCAAAGAACAGCCUCCAGUAUGAGCUGUUUGUUAAUUUUCUAGUCAAUCCAUUUGUACCAGAAUGGGAAGAAUUUUGCCACAAGGAUCCUUACGACUGUGAAGAUGUGACAAACAGGAAAGUCCGACAGGCAGCAGAGCGAAUUGGAAAGUUUUUCCAUCAGCUGAGGCACGAUUUGAAGCAUGAGUUUCCCACUGUUCCUACAAUACAUUACGUGGACAACAGCUUCUCCAUGACUCCCAUCGACAGCUGUCGUCCAGGUUUCGGGAAAAACCACCACACCCACCAGAACUGUGCCAGCUGCUGUGCCUGGGCAUGAGGAGAAAGGAAAAUCAGAUCUCCAAGACAAAAGAGGAAUAAAGAGGGACCAUUCCAGAGGGAAGCAGAGAUUCUACAGAGCCUCUUCCACCUCCUCCUCCUGCAUCUUCCCCUUCAGCUGCACCAAACCCUCUCACAGGGCCCGGCUGGCCCCAGGUGCUGCAGGAACAGACGAUCCUUUUACACCAGCUGUGAAUUCCUGACGAGUUCACCGGAUGAUACAAAUUGCCAAAGCACUGAGCUAAUGGGAACGUUUUCUUCCCAGAGAAACCUCAUCCCAACCCGCUUUGGAAGGUUAGCUGCUGGAUCUGCAGCGAUCCAUCACCCUGCUCACAGAGUGAGUAAAGAUUAUUUGAUCACUAUCAGGAACUUCAUGUGUAACACCAACUGUUUCCAGCCCCAGCUGAGCCUCCCGUGGCACAGCUCCUGGAACACAGGCUUUCAGAGCUUCUUUCUAAGCUGUUCCCUGUGGGAGUUUCUACCUUCCAGACUCACUUUGUUGAGGGACAUCAGAGGACUCAGUUUCUGUGCACACACUGAGCUGUGGAAAGCAGUGCCCAGCUUUCCUCCUUUUUUUUCCCAAAGGAAAAGUAAGUCAAGAAAAAGAAGCAUCUCCCACUCAAUAACCCAAACUUCUUACAACAUCUCAAAAUUCCUUGGUGGGUAUUCAUCCAAAAAUCGACCCGAUUCAACCCAGUUUAACUUAUCCAUAGUGACAGGAACACAGCAGGAGAUGGCACGGGCACAGACCCCGCUCCGAGCUUUUCAGAGUCAUUACUUAUUAAAUACUGAGGAAUAAAGUGUGCUGUAAUGAGCAUUUCCACUGCCCUUGGGCUGAUUAUCCUCGCUGCCAACUGGACACCGCGCACGGCUCAGGCUGAGACAGAUGAAGCAGCCGGGCUCGGCGGUGCUGCCCAGUUCUCUUGGCCUAUUUCAGCAGGAGGAAAUGCCACAUGCAUCAGUUAUGAGGGAAAAAAGCUCUAAGUACAUACUAAGUGCUGUGGAGAGUCACAAAUGAACUGUACUCCCUCCUAAAAGCUCUUACAGCACCUCUACUUCUUCAGAGGGCCUCAAACUGAGUGGGAAAACAGAGGAAAUCCUUCCCUGUGAGGGUGGUGAGGCUCCAGAACAGGUUACCCAGGGAAGCUGGGCUGCCCCUGCAUCCCUGGAAUUGCCCAGGACCAGGUUGGGCAGAGCUUGGAGCCACCUGGGAUAGUGGAAGGUAUCCCUGCCCUGACAGGGGGUGCAGCUGAUGAGUUUUAAUAUCCCUUCCAACCCAAACCAUCCUGGAAUUCUAUUAUUCUAAAAGUAGAAAAAUAGCUCAAAUAUUUAAGUAUCACAUUGCAAAGGAGUUUAUGUCAGUAAUUCUGUGGAGACUAUAAAAACCUGACAGGAAGUGGCUUCUCUCUGACCUUUCCUGUGUGAAAGUUCUCUGCAUCCGGCCAGAGCUGGGUGCCUGGGGAUGCAGCUGAGCCUUUUGUUGCUGACACCAUCCCUCACACCUCUCUCCUCCCUGUCACACCUCGGGAUAUACAAAUCCCUGUGAUCAGCUCUCACCUCAACUGUUCCCAUCCCUCUCUACCUCCCACAGCUGCAGCAGCUUGUGAGGAGCUGCAAAAUCCUUUCUCACUGCUUUAAACCCUCCUCAAAUCCUUCUCUUCUGCUUGGCUUUGGCUGUACAGGAGGAAUCAUGGAAACCUGGGCUGUGCCUGAUGCUCUUGGUGAUGUGGAGCAACUCCAUCACCCCUGCAAGGCUCAGCCCUUUGAACCCCCACUUUAACCUGCCCUGGUCCCACAGUUCCCACCUCACUCUGUGCCAAGGACCUCUACAACACCCUGAGAGCACUAAGGAGUCCUUACAAAUAAUAAAUUUAGAACGUCAAACUUCCUGUCCUCUUCUCCACACAGACCUCUUGGAUCUCAGCACGUACUGACAGCACACGAGAGCUUUGAAACAUCCACAAAUGGCAAAAAUAACAGGAAUAAUCUGCCAGCUGGAAGCUGCAGCCCAUUGUUUUCCCAUCAGAGCUGCCUGGAACAACCUACUUGAGAAACACUUAAGGAACACGUGUUCAAACAUCCACUGCAGAGCUGCAAGUGGUGAUGGGACUCAUCCAUCGGGUGACAGUGACACUUCUGCUCCAGUGGGAAAGUUGUCUUAACUCCCUGCAGCAGCUUCAUUAACCCACAACUGAGAUUUUCCUCUAAAUUUAAGGCAACAGGAGUUGAAGGAGCCACAGACCUACCCAGGACACAGCUCGUGGCCCCCAAGGGGGCUGUGGGAAAUUGGCACAUCCCAGGCACUCAGCACACCUUGUGGUGCAGCCCUGCCUAAUCCAGCCCCCAGGAACUCCUCCAAGGACACUUCCAGGAGCUGUUUUGGUGGAAAGUUGCUUGAAAACAAAGCUUAACCAAGAGUCAAGGGUGUUCUAAGAGUGACCAGAUUGCACUGAAAGUGCCACAUCCACAGGUGCUUCCACAGGAGGAUGAACCCGAGCCCCAGACCAUGAAGGCUGACGGCCCUGGGUCUCCUGAGAAUACCUGAAACUGUAACAUUUCCCUCUGAGAUGGAAAACUUUGAUGGUCAUGCAACUUUAUUAAUUGGUACAACUUCAUCUUAGAAGAGCAGCUGUUGGAAAAUGAUCCCUGGACUCAGCCAUGCCUGCCUUGGACGAGUGAUGAGAGUGAAAAAUCACCAGGGAGUCUGGAAGGGAGUGUGUGGCUGGCUGAACCACUGAGCUCUCUACCACAGGCACAGGAAGUGCUAUUGUGAUUUUUAGCUCUGCUUCAUUUUCCUACCCACUGAAAUUAAAUUUUCUCCUGCCCAAGCCCAGUUACCACACGAUGUGCCCAGCAGCCUUCCUAGAACCACUGGUAUCAUCAGAUUAAUGAGUUCUGUGCAGGCAGUGAAUAAGGAUGAUUCAUUAUUGGCAGCAAUGCAGCUGUACAUGGAUUUUUUUGGGGGGUGAAAAGAAAUAAAUAAGGUCCCUGAGUGAAAGGCGGGUGAUGAAGUGUAGCCUGGCUUUAAUCCCAGUGUAAUCGCUGCCAUCACUCCUAAUUAUUGAUAAAUAUUUUUCUAAUUGUGGA